AUGCCCAGAGGACACCAGGGACGCAUGCGAAGGGCAAAGGCAUUCGCCAAGAAGCUGCUUAGAGAACUGAAGGGAGACGCACUGCCCCCACCUGCGGAGGUAAACAGCAGGGAACGAAAUGAGGCUCAAGACGGUGUGGUUCAAGUGCAAGUUGAACCACCGGUGGCAAGUGCAAAUGAAAAUGGUCCGGGUUCUGAGGACGAUGAGCCUACGCCAGCAUUGAAGAAAAGAAAGACAUACCGUCGAAGUGAGCGAUUCUCGACACGGAACAGGAAGAAAAGAGACAUCUGGACGGACGAAUUUGUGGGCAAACCAACUCUGGCAGAGUUGAACGAAGUGAUUACGGACGAGAACAAGGCAAUUCAAUUCCUGGCCAGCAAGGGAGUGAUCACAAUACCUACAGUGUGCGGUCGCUGCAACUGCCAAGUGACUCCAGACUGGAAGAGGCAUCAAUCUAGAUGCCAGAAAGCAAACUGCAUCUGGAGGGCUCCGGCAGAAUGCGAGAUAUGCCCGUGUAAACACGUGGAGACGGUGCCAGUCAGUACAGAGGACAACGGGAAGCAAUGCCAGAAUCAGGAAUGUGGCUGGACUUGGUCUCCGGGGAAGCCAUGGACAUGUUCUUUCUUCCGGAAGAGCUUUCUGAGUGACUGCCGACUGCCAAAGAACGAUCUGGUACUACUCCUGUACCUGUGGUUAACGAACGCUACACACUCGAUGGUGUGCUCCAUGCUCGGCUGGAACAGUGAUACGGCAACCAGGUGGCUUAAAUGGUGCAGAAAAAUGGCGCAGGAAAUAGUUGUGAGUCAACCGCAUCAAAACAACAUGAUUGGAGGCAACAACAUCAUCGUAGAGAUCGAUGAGUCAAAAUUCGCCAAGCGGAAGUACCACCGAGGAAGAAGAGUAAAAGGAAGUUGGGUUCUGGGAAUGGUGGAAAGAACGCAACAAAGAAGAAUGGUGCUCCUAGUGGUGGCCGACAGGACGAGAAAAACCCUGGAGCAUGCCAUCAUGACUUUUGUCCACCCAGGAUCAACUAUACAUACAGACAUGUGGAAGGGCUACUUGAGCCUCGAACGAUUGGGGUAUGACCACAAGACCCUCUGUCAUAAGUAUGAAUUUGUCUCCGCAGAGGGCACACACACCCAGACGAUUGAAGGAAACUGGACGCCUCUUAAACGGGCCAUCCCGGUUCAGUGCAGGAGUGGAGUGGAUCUGCAGGAGUACCUGUUUCAGUUCAUGUGGAGACGUAAGAACCAAGGACGAGAAUGGGAGGCUCUUUGGGAGGGCCUCAGCAGAGUACGAUUUACUGUCAACGAGCUGGAAAAAAUGGAGCAGGAGAGGGAGGAGCGAUGCGAGGACGACGACGAUGAAUAUUUGCCCAUGGACGACGCGGAAGAAGCAGAGAAGGCAGAAAAAGAAGCUGUGGAUGACAACGACUACGAGGACUUUGUUACGUCCUUCGGAGACAUGGACUUGACCCCUGUGGAAGAUGGUGGUACGAUGGUGACGACGGUGACUAACGAGUCUACGGAGGAGACGAACGAGAGGGACGAUGAAGACUUGGCAUAUGAAGUCAUCGGUGAAAUGCUGGCGGGAGGUGCAGUGGAUCGCUCUCUUUUUUAUCAUGACUUGCAAACAGCUAUUAUUUAG